UUUUUCAUUGGAAAUAUGCAGGCAUACCUGCAAUCUGAAACAAUAAGAUCAGAGAAGCUGAGAUUGCGGGGACGCAAGACAGAGCAGUGGAUGUCCUUUUGGAAGCUCUCUGAAAAACUCCAACAGGAGGUGAAGAAAUUUCAGCCAUACCUAUACAAAGAUCCAGAAGCCAAAAUUGUUCAUGCUGAAAAUUUGCUCAAAAAGCUUCCCAGGGACCUACAGAAGAUUAUAAAGUGUGAACUCUGCUUGGAAUUGCUGAAGAAAGUAGAGGAGUUCGGAAGGUUGAGCGAAUCGGCAUUAGAGGACCUGUGUGGUUGUUUAAAGCCAGUGAGCUUCAAUGAGCGAGCUCGCAUUGUUGAGGAGGGAGAUCCAGUUGAUGAGAUGCUAUUUAUCGUGCAAGGCAAGCUUCGAACCUACACCUCCAUGGAUGUAAGAACAGGCUCUGCUGGCAACAAUUGCAGAACUAUUUUGCUGAAAGAUGGUGACAUAUGUGGAAAAGAGCUUGUCACUUGGGUGCUUGCUGACCCAUACUCGUCCACCCUCCCUGUCUCAACCACAACUAUUCUGGCCGCUACAAAAGUUGAAGCUUUCGCUAUCACUGUUGAAGACUUGCAAGAUGUAUUUGCAAAACUUCGAGCAGUUCAUUUCAUACAAUCAUUCUGGCGAUUUAAAAGGGCCUUACAUUCUAGGAAGAGCCCUAGGUAUGCAUAAAUAAUUAUUCUCUUUUAUUGAUAGGAAUAAAAGA